UCCUACAUGUAACGGUGUUCCUCCAUCUCUAGUCCCAGUUUGCCAGAACGCCCUAAUUGAUGUCGCAAUUUUCCUGGACAGUUCCGGCAGCAUCGCUUUCGCUGGAUGGAAAAAGCUGAUUAACUUUUUCAUUGAUAUUUUCAAGUUGGUGAUAAUCGGCCCCAGGGGCAUACAGUUUUCUUUCGGAAAGUUCAGCAAUAAUUACACUCACGUAUGUAACUUCGACACCUACGACAACAAUGAUAACCUUACACAG